GCUCAUUGGCUGAACCGAAGUUCCGUUGCACGAGGAAUUAAGGGCAGAUAUAUAUUUCACACCUUCAGUCAAGCUGUCUCACUUUAUAGAAGCAGUUUCUGAAAUAAGGGACGCUCCGGAGCCUGAAAGGAUGUCGAGCACGAAUUUCCCAGAUCUGGAAAUGGACUUUGGGGAGCUUCUUCAGGAGUUCAACGCCGUGGCUGAGGAGCUGUCUGCUCCAUCACUCCCAGCUCCUCACGCCUACGAGCACCUCCUCAGUGAGGCUAAACGGCGCUCCAACGAUGGAGUGAACGACAGCGGCAUCGAAGACGCUGAUGAAGGUAGCGAACCAUCCCAAGGAAGCAGCUUGAAUGCUAGUGUGGAGGAGCUGAGCACCGCAGGCACUUUGGCUGCAACAAAAGCCAAACUCGGGGACACCACAGACCUACAAAGCUUCAUCGAGAACCUGGACAAAGAGCUUGCAGAGAUGUGAGCAGACAGGACCCACGUGACUGCAGAACAGGAGCCAGGAAGACCAGCGUGUACAUGAACACACAACGAGAACCGGAGGAACUUACUGAGAAUUGGCAUCUUUGAAAUCCUCAAACAAGCUGAGCUUCUGCCUCUGUUGGGCAGGAGGUUAGAAGGGGUAGUUCACCCAAAUUGCUAACAUGGAAAACAAGAAAUAUUUAUCAUUAGGGAUUCACACAUAUGGACUUUCUGGGCCAGUAACAACAACCGAAACCUGAUUGAUACCUGACUGAUAUUCACCCACCAUGAAAAUUUGGUGUUUAUAAAAGGAUAUGGUAAAUAACUUUAAUGUCUAAUUCAAAUAUGCCAUGACUAUGUAAAUUUAUAAAAUGAAUCUUACAAUCGCCGUCAUUUAUAUAUGAAUAUAUGAAUAUAUGAAGCGCACCAAAUUUAAACAUUCGGUGAGUUACGGAAGUCUGAAGAGGCCAUGAGGUAGUUAGAAUUUUCUGUUAUUUAGAGAUAAUGAGUUAACUAUCUUGUUACCACAAGAUAACAACAUUAUUUUGAAAUUACAAGUUACUUAUCUUGCUAUCUCGAGAUAACAAAAGUUGUUAUCUUGAAAUAACGAGCUACUUUUCUUGUUAUCUCAAGAUAACAUCUUGAAAUAACGGGUUACUUAUCUUGUUAUCUCAAGAUAACAAUCCAGGAAAUUAUAGCAACAGCUCAUAGCCUCUCCGGACUUCUGUAACUAACCAAUCGUUUAAAUUUGGUGCAUUUAAAAGUUUACUCUAUAUUCACAUAUGAAGGCCGGCGAUUGUAAGAUAGGUUUUUUACAUAGUCAUGACAUUCACAUUACAAGCCUCAUAGCUCAAAUCUGAUCUCUCUGACAGGAUGGUUCACACUCGUUUAGGUAAGCGAUUCAAAUCUGUCAUUAAUGUGACGAACCGGCGUCCUGAAAUGA